AUGGAUAAAGACUUCCGUUAUUAUUUCCAGCAUCCCUGGUCUCGCCUGAUUGUGGCUUAUUUGGUGAUCUUCUUUAACUUCUUAAUAUUUGCCGAGGACCCAGUUUCUCAUAGCCAAACUGAAGCCAAUGUUCUUGUUGUUGGAAACUGUUUUUCAUUUGUAACAAAUAAAUACCCUAGAGGAGUUGGCUGGAGGCUUUUGAAGGUGCUUCUAUGGCUACUUGCCAUUCUCAUAGGACUAAUAGCUGGCAAAUUUCUGUUUCAUCAGAGUUUGUUUGGUCAGGUACUCCGGCUGAAAAUGUUUCGAGAGGAUCAUGGGUCAUGGAUGACAAUGUUCUUCAGCACAAUUCUCUUUCUCUUCAUAUUUUCUCACAUAUACAACACGAUUCUUCUAAUGGAUGGGAACAUGGGAGCAUAUAUCAUUACUGACUAUAUGGGCAUCCGAAAUGAAAGUUUCAUGAAAUUAGCUGCAGUAGGGACCUGGAUGGGGGACUUUGUCACGGCUUGGAUGGUCACUGAUAUGAUGCUUCAGGACAAACCCUAUCCUGAUUGGGGAAAAUCUGCAAGAGCUUUUUGGAAGAAAGGAAAUGUUAGGAUCAUUCUGUUUUGGACAGUUCUUUUCACUCUGACUUCUGUAGUUGUACUUGUCAUUACAACUGACUGGAUCAGCUGGGACAAGCUAAAUCGUGGAUUUUUGCCCAGUGAUGAAGUGUCCAGAGCGUUCUUAGCAUCUUUCAUCUUGGUCUUUGACCUCCUCAUUGUGAUGCAGGACUGGGAAUUCCCACAUUUCAUGGGCGAUGUCGAUGUAAAUCUCCCUGGGUUGCAUACUCCUCACAUGCAAUUCAAGAUACCUGUCUUCCAGAAGAUUUUCAAGGAAGAGUAUCAUAUCCACAUAACAGGUAAAUGGUUUAAUUAUGGAAUCAUCUUUCUCGUCUUGAUUUUGGAUCUUAACAUGUGGAAGAACCAGAUAUUUUAUAAACCUCAUGAAUAUGGACAAUAUAUUGGCCCAGGGCAGAAGAUUUAUACGGUGAAAGACUCAGAAAGUUUAAAGGAUUUGAACAGGACCAAGCUCUCCUGGGAGUGGAGGUCCAAUCAUACCAACCCUCAGACUAAUAAAACCUAUGUUGAGGGAGAUAUGUUCUUACACAGCAGGUACAUCGGGGCUAGCCUAAAUGUCAAGUGUCUGGCCUUUGUUCCAAGUUUGAUUGCUUUUGUGUGGUUUGGAUUCUUCAUCUGGUUCUUUGGGCGCUUUUUGAAAAAUGAGCAAGGCAUGGAGAACCAGGAUAAAACUUACACUCGCAUGAAACGAAAAUCCCCUUCGGAACACAGCAAAGACAUGGGAAUUACUCGAGAAAACACCCAGGUGUCAGUGGAGGACCCCUUGAAUGACCCUCCUCUGGUUUGCAUCAGGUCCGAUUUCAAUGAGAUCAUCUACAAGUCUUCCCACCUAACAUCGGAAAACUUGAGCUCACACUUGAAUGAGUCUACGAGUACAACAGAGGCUGAUCCGGAGCCAACUACUUCUAGAAGUUCUCCUACGAACUAG